AGAUGGAGGCGGCGACCUUCAAAGACAAGAAACGGGGGAUCCCAGCCGAGAACGAAGGUCAGGCACUUUGGGUGGGGAGGGGAGAGGUCUAGAAAGAGGAGUCAGGGGCUGAAAGUGGGGGCCAGAGGGCUCCUUCCCCUACCCAAAAUGUGUGUGUACCCGUGUGUACCCCCCAAACUCAGCCACACCUUCUCCACUUAACCAAGAAGCAGAUCUUAGCUCCUACACCUUACCUUUUACCCCCAGAAAUUUGUUGUGUGCAGGGGUUCAGUGAACCAAAAGCUCCUCUGGGAUCCCUCCCACCUUACCUGGCCCCCAAGCUCAGGACAGGUUUCGGCAACCCUCCCACUGACCACACACAGAUGACCCAGACUAUGUGAAUAUCAACUUGACCUGCAGAAACUGGGGCCAGUCAAAGGGCAGCCGUUCACCACCCAAGAACCAGGGUAAGCAGCCACCCGCCCCACCUGCCACCACAGGCCUGGGAGGGAACCGUGGGAAGGCAGCACAGGGAUGCGGGACACCAUGUGGAGGUCCAGGCUGGUGGUGCAAGGUUUGUGUGUGAUGGUGGUGGAGGUCUGGGUGGUGGUAGUGGUGAGUGGGUGGCAGCAGUGGACACUGAUGUGGAUGCCGGCCACAGCUAUGGCAUCUUGGCAAGUCUUGGUGACGGAGGUGGUAAGGGGGUGUGAAGGUGACAGCGUUAGGGACAGUCGCUGGUGGUGGCGGUCAGAGCGCACGAGGCAGGCAGGGUGGCGAUGGUCAUGGCUGCUGAUGGUAUUAGGAGCAGCAGGCGUAGAUGACAGAGCUCUUUAUGGCGUCAGAGUGCCGAUGGCUGAGUGGCAGCGGCAGGCCCUGGACCUCACCUGUGCUUCCUCUGGCCCAGCCCCAGCCCGGUGCAGGCCGCCUGCGGACGCUGCCCAGGCGCCCCGCUGGUUGCACGGGGCCACCCUGAGCCUGGGUGUCCUCAUCGCCCUGUGCUGCAUCACCGUCUCGGCCUUGGUCCUGGUGAAGCAUCCGGCGCUGUCCCAGGAGCUGCUGGACUUGAAAAGGGAGCUCUGGAACAUCUCCGCCUCCGUGGGGCAGUGCCAGGAGGAGCAGCAGCAGAGCAGGAUCGCCAUCCAGCUGAGCUCCCAAGAGGCCAAGAAGCUCAUGGACAUGGUCAAGAACAAUAUCCAGAACUGCAUUGCGACACUGAAGACACUGUCAUCAGGUCCCCUUGCAGACGUUCACUGGGGGGAAUUGAUCUCCAUGCCCAGGAUCGACCUGGGUGCUGGGAAAUCGGGAGAGGGGGCAGCAGGGUCUGAAGGGGUGAUGGACGUCACCAUCCCGGUCACUCAGAGGGUAUUUACAAGCUGCAGGCAACCCCAGGGACCUGGGUUCUGCAGCACCUCACCCAGGGGGUCAGGCAGGGGAGUUUGCAAUAAAGGUGGAAAAACCCCAGUUUUCUCCUGUCUCCCCACAGACAUCAAACAAAUCAAGGCUAAAUUACAGGACAUCUCCAAGAAGCAGGAGAGGCAGCCAGAGCCAGGUGAGCUGGGGCGGGGGGACGCAGAUGAGGAGGAAGCCCUGGGUUGGGCCCCUGCUUCUCUCAGCGAGUGUAUCUGCCUGACCUCAGGUGUCCACCCCACCCAGAGCGCAAAGCUGAAUAAAUGAGAAGACGUGGAGACCUUGCCUGCAGCUCAUUUGACAGGCUUGCACCUCCCAGUGAAGAUAGAAAACAGCAGACCCAGCCUGGACGUUCAUCCCCAGUUAGAGAAAAAUCACGUCAUGGAGACUUGAGGGUCGUGGAGUCGCAUGCGUAUGCUUGUGUGUGUGUGUGUGUGUGUUUGUGGUGUACACAGGGUAAGCAUUUCAUGGAGCAUGGGUGUUUCAUGGAGCGUGUGUCCCCCUAAUGCUGCUCUGUAGCUCCUUGCAGGCACCAGUAACAAGAUAAGGUUCACUGAGCAGAUGUACCAACAUUCCUUGGGGAGGCCUGUUUCGAUAUUUGGAAUUUAAAGAGAGACAUAGUUCAACACUCCCGUUUGGAUUCACAGGGAUCACUGCACCUGGUGAUUGCAAAGCAAUGGAGGAAUGUGCGCCAGCCCUUGGGCUGCAAAAAUUAAUAACUGGGCGGAUGCUAUCAAAUCUGCAAGCUAUGUGACAGCUGAGAAAAUAUCCCUUCCCCUCUUAUCUUACAUAAACUGUCCACUGUAGCAGGCUAACAAGAUGGGUCUCUGGGACAAUAGCCCUCCCAUCUUCCAACCUGCCAGCUUGUUGAAUAAAGCUCUUUCUCUCCCGGACACUGUCUCUCCAUUUCGUGGCUGAAUCAGGUGGCAGUGGAACCAAACCUUUGUGGUUACACCACCGGGAUGUGCUGUGGGUUUAUGUUGACUGGGACUCAUAACAAGAGUGGUGUGCACGUUUGUGUCACUGUGCAUGUGCCAUGCGUGCAUUGUGGCAUGUUGCAAGUGUAAUGCGUGUCACAGUGGGUGGCUGCAUCAGCAGGGACCACAAAGAUGUAUCUCUGUGAGGGUGGGCAUUGGUGACACGUAUUGCAGGUGUCUGUUCCACUGUCAGUAUACACACAUGUGAGUGUCCUGUCGUGUGUUGUGCGGAUAGACACGUCGCGAUGGAGGUGUGUGUGGAGCGCACCAUGGGAAUGCAUCAUUGCUGCAGGUGUUGAGCAGAUGUGCAUAGUGAAAGAGGUGUGUGUUGAUGUAAGUGUGCCUGGUGAUGUCACUGAGUGUGUUUGGAAUAUUCGGAUCUGUUUUUGGGGCUUUGAGAGUAGGUGGCAGAGGGUCUGCACGUGUUCAGACUUGGGAAAUGGACAAAAAUCACACAGUGAACAUGUGGAUGUCAUGCCAGGAUCCCUGGAGACACGAGGGUGUGUGAGAACAAAUGCUGUUAGUGGGUCCUUGUGUGUCCACAAACGUGUACGCAGGAGGUAAGAGUCCCUGUGCCAAGUGCAUGCCCAUGAAGAUUCUUGGCCUGAGAUGCAUAAUGUCUCCCCAAGUGCGCACGGGUGGCGGAUCUGUAUGAGCUCCUAAACAUGGACCCAUAGGUGCAACUGCUGGUGGAUGUCUGUCCACUGUGCACAUACUCCUGAGAGCACAAGCCCCUAAAUGUGCUAUUCCCACAGCUCACGGAUGUAUGUCCCCUAAGCGAAUGUGUGCCCACGGGCAUACGUUUGUCUCUAAGACAAGUGAACAUGCGCGCGUGGACACACACUUGCCCCUAAGACAAGAAAACGUGCCCAAGGACAUAGAUGUGGCCCUAAAACAAGGGAAUGUGUGACCAAGGACAAAGGUGUGCCGCUGGG